AUGGAUGGAGGUGGUCGAAAAAAAGCUAUAAGAUUACUUCAGAUCAUAUUUUUGACGUUCUUUAUAAUAAUAUCGCUAACCGGUUUACAUCAAAACAUAAAAUUUUCAGAUGUGAUUGCAAAAACUUCGAAUAAAGAGGAUAUAGGUGAAUCGACAGAAGCUGUAAAGAUUGUAAUAGCGAAUAACAACCAUGAGGAACCAGAACAAGAAUUUCCAAAAGAAAAUGAGUACGCAUUUACAGUCGUUACUGGCGCAAGUGAAAACCACUUUUGCCCAGUUAAAGGAUUUAUUUAUAAUUUAAAAGGUACUCUAAAAGGUUUAAAUGCAAGAGUGAUAAUUUAUGAUUUAGGUCUAACAGAAAUUCAACGAGAUGAAUUAAAAAGUUUAAAGGAUAAUGGAUUUUUUGAUGAAAUACGCGUCUUCGAUUUUACAAAUUUUCCAUCAUUUUGGAACAUCUCUGAAGCACGCGGUGAAUAUGCAUGGAAACCUGCUAUAGUUGCGGAAGUAUCGAAAGAAUUUCCAGGGAUUAUUACAUGGUUAGAUUCUGGUACAUUACCUGAAAGAAUAUUUUUUGAAGAAUUACCUACUUUAUUAAAAACGUAUAAUGGAUUUCUUUCACCUCGUUCAUCCGGUUUUAUGAAAAAUUGGACACAUCCAGGGGUUUAUGAAUAUUAUAACGAUGACGCUUCAAAAUAUGAUAAUAUUCCAAAUUGUAGUGGUGCUUCUGUAGCAUUUGACACUAAAAUGACUCAACAUAUUAUUAAUGAAUGGUACACAUGUGCACUUGAUAAAAAUUGUAUUGCACCAGUUGGAAGUAAUAGGAAAAAUCAUCGUCAAGAUCAAGCUAUAUUAACUUAUUUGGUUGCACGUGAAGAACGCUAUUGUAAUAUAGGAGGAAAAUAUCUUUGGAUUCAUGCUCAUCAAGAUAGUAACUGCGAAACAAUAAUAGAUUUUUAUGAGAAAUUGUAUAAUAUAAAUUAA